CUGGGCUCGCAUCACGGUCAGCCUAUGAAGAUGCACCAUUGGAGGGGGUGCUUGUCUAAACCCCGGACCCGAGGAUUUUCCUUGUGAUUUCUCUGGGUUGUUUGGGUGGAUUCUAACUGGCGAUACUGUUCCCAGUGGACUUGCCCAGAAAGACUGUAAAGAGGGGCUGAAAACUCCUCCUUCAACUUGGGAGUUCUCUGAGAAGCGCAUGGGAUUUCAUUCCUCUGGUUUAGUCCUGUGAGAAGCCACCAAAACCUGGGAUCUACCAACUUCGAACCUCCGCGUCUCUAAAGUGCACCACUCCCAGGAUUUCCCUCAAUUGAAAGAGGGAUUCGGAAAAGUGUCAGAGGACUGAAGAAGAAUGCUCCGGGGAAGAUCCCUCUCUGUGACAUCCCUGAGCGGGCUUCCUCAGUGGGAAGUUGAAGAACUUCCUGUGCAGGAUUUACUGCUCUUUGAAGUCGCUUGGGAAGUGACCAAUAAAGUUGGGGGCAUCUAUACUGUGAUUCAGACAAAGGCCAGAACAACAGCAGAUGAAUGGGGAGACAAUUAUUUUCUGAUUGGUCCAUAUUUUGAGCAAAACAUGAAGACUCAGGUGGAACAGUGUGAACCUGUAAAUGAUACUAUUAGAAAAGCAAUGGACACAAUGAAUAAACAUGGCUGCCAGGUAUAUUUUGGAAGAUGGCUGAUAGAAGGGAGUCCUUACGUGGUGCUCUUUGACAUAGGGUAUUCAGCUUGGAAUCUGGACAGGUGGAAGGGUGACCUCUGGGAAGCAUGCAGCGUUGGCAUCCCUUAUCACGACCGAGAAGCCAAUGAUAUGCUGAUAUUUGGAUCUUUAACUGCCUGGUUCUUAAAAGAGGUGACAGACCAUACGAAAGGUAAACAUAUCAUUGCCCAUUUCCAUGAAUGGCAGGCCGGAACUGGACUAAUACUUUCUCGUGCCCGGAAACUUCCUAUCGCUACGAUAUUUACCACCCACGCCACACUGCUUGGGAGGUAUCUCUGCGCAGCAAACAUUGAUUUCUACAACCAUCUUGAUAAGUUUAACAUAGACAAAGAGGCUGGGGAAAGACAGAUUUAUCAUCGGUAUUGCAUGGAACGAGCGGCAGUCCACUGUGCUCAUGUGUUCACCACAGUUUCUGAAAUAACAGCAAUAGAGGCAGAACAUAUGCUCAGGAGAAAGCCUGAUGUAAUUACUCCAAAUGGCUUGAAUGUUAAAAAAUUUUCAGCAGUGCAUGAAUUUCAAAAUCUACAUGCAAUGUACAAGGCCAGGAUACAAGAUUUUGUUCGAGGUCAUUUCUAUGGUCAUCUGGACUUCGAUCUUGAAAAGACUUUGUUCCUUUUCAUUGCUGGAAGGUAUGAGUUUUCAAACAAAGGAGCUGACAUCUUCCUAGAAUCCUUAUCCAGGUUAAAUUUCCUCCUGAGGAUGCAUAAAAGUGACGUCACGGUGGUGGUGUUUUUCAUUAUGCCUGCCAAGACAAAUAAUUUCAAUGUGGAAACACUGAAAGGCCAGGCAGUGCGCAAACAGCUGUGGGACACUGCACAUUCAAUGAAGGAAAAAUUCGGAAAGAAACUCUAUGAUGCCUUAUUAAGAGGAGAAAUUCCUGACAUGAAUAAUAUUUUGGAUCGAGAUGAUCUAACAGUUAUGAAAAGAGCCAUUUUUUCAACUCAGCGACAGUCUUUGCCUCCAGUGACCACGCACAACAUGAUUGAUGACUCCACGGAUCCCAUCCUCAGCACCAUUAGACGGAUCGGACUUUUCAACGGCCGCACAGACAGAGUCAAGGUGAUUUUACACCCUGAGUUCCUGUCCUCCACCAGCCCCUUGUUACCCAUGGAUUAUGAAGAGUUCGUUCGAGGCUGUCAUCUUGGAGUAUUUCCAUCAUAUUAUGAACCGUGGGGUUAUACUCCAGCCGAAUGCACGGUGAUGGGCAUCCCCAGUGUGACAACCAACCUCUCCGGCUUUGGCUGUUUCAUGCAGGAGCACGUGGCUGAUCCUACUGCAUACGGUAUUUACAUUGUUGACAGGCGGUUUCGCUCUCUAGAUGAUUCUUGCAAUCAGCUGGCUCAGUUUCUGUACGGAUUUUGCAAACAGUCACGUCGUCAAAGAAUAAUCCAGAGGAACAGAACUGAAAGGCUCUCAGACCUUCUGGAUUGGAGAUAUUUAGGCAGAUAUUACCAGCAUGCCAGGCACCUGACAUUAAGCAGAGCCUUUCCAGAUAAAUUCCACAUGGAACCCACAUCACCACCCACGACAGAAGGAUUUAAAUAUCCCAGACCUUCCUCAGUACCACCCUCUCCUUCAGGGUCUCAGGUCUCCAGUCCUCAGAGCAGUGAUGUGGAAGAUGAAGAUGAGGAUGAGAGAUACGAUGAGGAAGAGGAGGCAGAAAGAGAUCGGUUAAAUAUUAAGUCACCAUUUUCUUUAGGUCAUGUUCCUCAUGGGAAGAAAAAGCUGCAUGGCGAAUACAAGAACUGAAUUCCACACGUGUUGAACAGAGCUAAUUUAGUAAGAACAGAGUAAAAAUGGUUAGUUAAGGAAAUGAAAAUGCCGCACAUUUCAUUUUUUUUCUUCUAAGUAUCACAAUGGGAUUGAUUCUCUGCCUAAAAAGUGGAGAUUAAGUGAAUAGCAAUUUUAUAAUUUAUGAUAAAAUCCGAGUUAUUUCCCUCAACUCCUUUUUCCCCAGUAAAUUCAGGCAUGAAGAAAUGUUAAUUGAAGGAGGAAGACCAGAAGUGUUUCUAAAAUGGUUAAGCAAUAAGAGUUUUAUUUACUAGUGUUUCUUUUUAAAUUCUCAUCACCAUGAUCUUUUGCUUAGUAUUUAUGCAGCUUCUAUACCUGCCAAACAGGUCUCCCAUUUUCAUCCCAAAGGAUCCUAUUCUUAGUUAUGAGUGUAUACUACCUAUCUUAAAUAACUUGGUCUUUAGUGAUUAUUUUAAUUUUUCACAAGUCAGAAACAUGAAUUUAUAUGCAGCUUCACAGGCAAUCAAAAUUCAUAGAAAAUAGUUAUUCUAAAUCCAGAUCUUGAUGCAUAUUAGUACAUUUCCAAGGUCAUUUCUCAAAUUAAUGACAGGAAGUUAUUUCCAUCUGUACUAUACCAUCCGAGUAAGAACUAAUAAUUUUUUUAUUGUUUAAAAGGAAAGACUUUUUGAAAACUUGGUCAAUCUUCCAAAGAUGAUAAAUUGUUAAAUCCAAAAUGAAUAAAUGUAUGAAUAGGUCAGGAUAUAACUU